AUGACGGAGUUGCUUUUAGCUCAGUCACAUAUUCCUUCCUCUCAAGAGCUUGUUUCUUCUCAAGAUAUCCCCAUGUCUCAAGAACGUACAUACAAUGGAAAGUUGGCAAUUAAAAGAUCUUGCAAGGCGGCUGAAUGGGAGUUUAUUAUAAAAGGUGUUGGUCAAGAUUUUUAUGGAGGACGAGAUGAAGCUCGUCUUGUUGUUGAGAAAUAUAACCAUUUUUUUGGUCGCAGGGUGAGAGUCGUCAAGACCAAUCCAGAACGAUAUACGGUGGAAUGUUAUUACAAGGAGAAAUUGGAAUGCGACUGGAUGUUCCAUGCAUCUCCCAAGACUUCCAAUGUGAAGGGUCACUUAUUCCUCAAGGCCUAUAACGGGGAACAUAAAUGUUGUGUUAGUUAUAGUGAUGGAACAAAGGCUGAACCGGGUACGCGCGAACUUAUCAAGAGUUUGAUAUUUGAGCAGAUUGAACAGAAUCCCAACAAGAAAGCCAGGGAUAUUGUUAGAGAACUCAAAAGUGAUUAUGGGUUGGAAGUGAGCUACGAUCAGGCGCAUGCCGGGAAAGAAUUAUGUUUCAAGGAAUUGUAUGGCGAGGACAUUAAAUCAUACACUGACUUGAGAUGGUGGUGUGAAGCCGUGAAGAAACACGAUCCAGGUAGUAGGGUUGAUUUAGUUGUUGAAGGUGGCGAGUUUAAGAGUUUGUUCUUAGCCUUCGAUGCUUGCAUAUCUGGUUUCGAAUAUUGUCGCCCGGUACUGUUCUUGGAUGCAACUUUCCUAACUGGAAAAUUUAGCGGUUGUCUUAUGGCGGCUACCGGGAAGAAUGUGAAUAAUGGAAUAUUUACUCUGGCAUAUGGUAUCGUAUCAGCUGAAACUGUUGAGAAUUGGCAUUGGUUCUUGAAGAAACUAGAAUCUAUCUUGGGUCCUCGUGUACUAACUUUUAUUUCGGAUCGCCAUGAGGGUUUGAUCCAAGGGAUUCAUGAUGUUUUCCCAACUUUCUAUCAUGCUUGGUGUUACCAGCAUUUGAAGAAUAAUGUCCGCAGUAAGACCAACAAGAAAAGGGGAGAGCAUUGUGCUGCGAUGGGUUUGUUCAAAGAAUGUUUCUAUUCAUCGACUCAUGAAGGCUUUGAUCAGGGUAUGCAAAAGUUGAAGGAUAUGGGAUGUGAUGGUCUUCACAAAUUCUUGAGUGAGAUUCCAGUGGAAUGUUGGUCCAAUGCACAUUGUCUGGGUUGUCGUUACGGCGACAUGUGUUCAAACAUUGCAGAGUCCUUUAACUCUUGGAUCAAGGAAGCAAAAGAUGAGUACAAGGAAGAGGAAGGGGCGACGUAUAAAAGAUUCAUUUGUCCCAGGCUAGAGAAAAAAGUGUUGGCUUCCAUUCGUGCUGGUGUCCAGUGGAGAAUAACCAAGUCUGGUGACAUGGAGUGGGAAGUUUUUGAUGGAAAGCACACACAUGUUGUUAAUAUUACGAAGUUUCAGUGCAGCUGUAGGGUUUGGUUUACUGAGCAGUUCCCUUGUGAUCACGCUAUUGCGUGUAUGCAUUCAAAUAACAUCAAUGUUUACGAGUACAUUAAUCCGUAUUUCAGCAUUGCUAGCUUCCGUGCUUCGUAUGAUCGUCCUAGCAAGCCCAUUCCUGAUUACGACAAGCCUAUUGAUGUUGCUACUGGAGAUCUCGUGAACCCACCAACUGUCGUAGGAAAAAAACAUGGUAGGCCGAAGAAGAAGCGGAUUCCCAACACAGCCUCUUGUUGCACAUUUAAGAUUCAUUUACCUUGA